AUGUUCGCCGUUGCCGGGGAUCGAACCCGGGUCACCCGCGUGACAGGCGGGAAUACUUACCACUAUACUACAACGACUUUUGGUUUUAGGCCCAAGUUUAAUAAUAAAGUAAUUAACUUCAAUGAACCAUUCUGCUUCCCACACAUCCUUGCCUGGCGAUUUGCGAAGUAUCUGAAUCCAGCGAAUCGAGUAGGGUUUAUCUCGUUUAGGUUUUUCGCUCUGUUCACUGCAGGAAGCCGCCCGAAAUCCGACUCUCCUCCGAUGGCGAAACCAUCCCGAGGCCGCCGCCCUUCGCCGCCCUCUGGUUCGGCGUCGUCGAGGUCCCGCUCCCGUUCUUCUGGCUCUGAUUCCAGCUCGCGCUCUCGUUCCGUCUCCCGUUCGAGAUCUCCCUCGCGGUCGAGGUCGAUCUCCUCUUCUUCUCCGUCUCGCAGUGCCAGCUCCGGCAGCCGCAGUCCCCGUCCUCCACGAAAGAGCCCUGCCGAGGUAGCUAAACGAGGUCGCAGUCCGCCUGCACAAGUGAAGAAGGCAUCUCCGCCACCAAGGAAAGCCUCUCCAGUUCGCGAGUCUCUUACUCUUCAUGUUGACUCGCUGAGUAGGAAUGUGCAUGUUGGCCAUUUGAGAGAAAUAUUCAGUGUCUAUGGUGAAGUCGCGAAUGUGGAUCUUGCAAUGGACCGGGUUUUUAAUCUUCCUAGAGGAUUUGGAUACGUGGAGUAUAAGGUCCGAGCAGAUGCCGAGAAGGCUCUGUUAUACAUGGAUGGGGGUCAAAUUGAUGGUAAAAUUGUGCGAGUUCGUUUUACAUUACCCCCACGGCAACAGAAGGUUUCACCACCUGCAAAGCCUGUAGCCAGUGCUCCAAAAAGAGAAAUACCAAAAACUGAUGGUGCCAGUGCAGAUGUUGACAAGGAUGGACCAAAACGUCCACGAGAACGUAUGCCUUGUUUGAGACUUGUAGUCUCGCCAAGAAGAAGAUCUCCUAUUGGUCGAAGAGGCGGAUCUCCUAGACGCCCACCACCGGAUUCACCUCCACCACGCAGGCGUCUUGAUUCUCCUCCUCGUCGCCGCGUGGACUCACCACCUUUUCGUCGGGGGGAGACCCCUCCAAGACGUAGGCCUGCGUCCCCAGGGGCUAAAGGUCGUUCUUCUUCUCCUCCACCAAGGCGAUAUAGGUCCCCUCCAAGGAACUCUCCAAGGAGAGUACGUGGAAGUCCCGUUCGUAGGCGUUCUCCUCUACCUCCAAGAAGGCGGUCACCACCUCCUAGACGUGCCCGAUCUCCUCCAAGAAGGUCUCCACUUCGCAGACGAAGCCGCUCACCAAUUCGUCGGCCUUUGCGCUCGCGAUCUAGAUCGCUCUCUCCUCGGAGAGACCGAGGACCAGCUGCAAGACGUGGAAGGUCAUCAUCUUACUCUGAUUCGCCUAGCCCAGUGCGCAAGGUGCCUCGUAAGAUCUCAAGGAGCCGCAGUCCUAAAAGGCCCUUGAGGGGUAGAAGCAGCAGUAACAGCAGCAGCAGCAGUUCACCGCCUCGAAAGCCAUAGGCUCUUCAUUCUUGCUAGUUUUGUUGCCAUCUUUUCAGGGUUUCGUUCCAUCGAUGGUAAUGAGUUUGGUGCAAUGAUGAAUAUCGACUCUCCUUAGCUCUUGUUACUAAUUGGGGACUCGUUAGCUGUGUUACUCUGAUCUGCAUUUUGUAAUCAUAUUUUAUGUUACUCUAAUUGCUAGUUUCUGUUGCUUAUUGGAAUUUGUUAGUUUGUAUUAGUUUGUAUACUGUCAUCGUUUUGCUGCUUAUAAGACGGAGCUCCUGAAUUCAUGCUUAUUGCGUUAGUAAUUGCUGCUGGCGUUAUACAUCGCUGAGGCAAGUUUGUAGCUGUCGUUAAACAAGAGAGUGAUAUACUAAUAAAUGUGACAUGCCAAACUA